AUGAAAAUCGACGACAAGUUCUUUAAAGAGAUGUGCUUAGAACGUCUGCCGACAUCUGUACAAACAAUCUUGGCCUCUGGCUCCGACGACCUAGAAAUAUCAAAGUUAGCGGAGAUGGCUGACCGUAUGAUGGAGGUUGAGCGUUUGUCAUCCCCGACGAUUGCUCAGGUGUCCCAGCCUCUCAACGUGUCCACCUCUGACCUGGCUGAACUAAAGACACAGAUUGCCCAGCUGUCAGCGACUGUUGCCGCUUUGCAGCUGCGCCGAUCCCCCGGUCCCUCUCGACGUUCCUUCGGCCGUGACCAUCGUCGUUCCCGCUCUCGCCCCAGGACCGCCAACCUAUGUUGGUAUCAUGUCAACUAUGGCGACAAGAGGCUGCGCUGUGUCCCACCCUGCUCCUUCAAGUCCACGCAGGGAAACUCCUUGGCCGGAGAGUAAAUGCGGCCGAGCUCUCUGGCAACUCUACGGGUCGCACAUUUUACGUGAGUGAUAACACGAGUGGCAGGCAUUUUUUAGUCAACACUGGCGCUCAGAUUAGUGUUAUUCCUCCCACGCCAGCCGACCAACGUUGCCCAAACCAUGGUCUUUACCUUCAAGCCGUAAACUCAUCCCCCAUUACAACCUUUGGAUUUCGAUCCCUCUCCCAGGAUAUUGGCCUCCGGCGAUUAUUCCCCUGGAUAUUUGUGGUCUGAUGUUCCCACCGCUAUCCUUGGUGCUGAUUUCUUGGCCGCCUUUGACCUUCUUGUGGAUUGCAGACAACUUCGCCUCCAUGAUCGCGCAACUACCCUCACUGUCAAAGGAUUUCCUCCAUCCUCAGCUUCUAACCAGCUCUCCGUCCUUGACCCAAACCCUGACUCUCCAUUUCGUAGACUUUUAGCAAAAUAUCCUACCCUCACUAAGCCCGAUUUUUCUGACACCUCAUUUCCCAUGAUAUUGUUCUUCACAUAAAAACGACUGGUCCUCCCGUUUUCUCUCGUCCCCGCCGUCUUGCUCCCGCGCAUCUUGCGGCUGCUAAAGCAGAAUUUGACCACAUGCUGCAACUAGGGAUUAUUCGACAGUCUGACAGUCCCUGGGCAUCUCCUUUGCACAUGGUUCCUAAACCAAAUACGGAUGAUUGGCGUCCUUGUGGCGAUUAUAGAGCCCUAAACAAUAUCACUAUGCCCGAUCGGUACCCCGUUCCUCAUCUUCAGGACUUUGCUGGAGCCCUUUUCGGCAAAACCAUUUUCUCGAAGAUCGAUUUGGUGCGGGCUUUUCAUCAAAUUCCGAUUGCGGCUGAGGACAUUCCCAAAACGGCAGUGACGACUCCUUUUGGCUUGUUUGAGUUCCUUCGUAUGCCAUUUGGUCUCUGAAAUGCCUCACAAACUUUCCAACGUUUCAUUGGCCGUGUUUUACGCGGCCUUCCAUUUGUUUAUGCGUAUAUUGAUGAUGUUAUCGUCGCCAGUCGAGAUGUCGAGGAACAUCUCCAUCACCUUACCCUGCUUUUCGACCGAUUUCAGCAGUUUGGUGUCACCCUGCAUCCUUCCAAAUGUGUCCUAGGAGCCACUUCUCUUGAGUUCUUAGGUCACCUGAUAGACUUAAACGGCAUUCGGACUCUUCCCUCAAAAGUUGCCGCCAUUCGGGACUUUCCACCCCCUACCUCGAAGCGUCAGUUGCAACGGUUUCUUGGUAUGGUGAACUUUUAUCGCCGGUUCCUACCGAACUGUGCUGAUCUCAUGUUGCCGCUCACCAACAUGCUUUCUGGUCCCAAAGGUCCCCUCGAGCUGAUUGGUGAAGCACUGACUGCUUUUGAGAGAAUCAAGCAUUCCCUUGCUGAUGCCACCUUACUCACACAUCCCGCUCCCGAAGCUCAGCUGUCUCUGAUGGUAGAUGCUUCGACCGUAGCCGUAGGUGCAGUCCUUCAACAACACCUUGCCGGUUCGACUCAACCACUUGCCUUUUCUCCAAAAAGCUCUUACCAGCUGAAACACGCUACAGUACCUUUGGCCGUGAACUACUUGCCAUUUACCUGGCUGUGAAGCAUUUCCGGCAUUCCCUUGAAGGUAGUGACUUCACCGUUUUCACUGACCACAAACCGUUGACUUUUGCACUCCGUUCCCACACUGACAAACUAAACCUCCGGGAAAUCCGCCAACUGGACUACAUCUCCCAAUUCACCACCGACAUCGACCACAUCGACGGGUCACGCAAUGAGGUGGCUGACGCACUGUCCAGGCCCUCCAUUGCUCAUCUUCAACUUUCACCCGGGAUAAACCUCGCUGAGAUGGCCGCUGAACAACGCCGUGUCGGUCCACCCUGUGAUGAGGAUGUUUCUGGACUCCAACUUCAGGAACUACCACUGACAACUGGCAACGGCACCAUCUUAUGCGACGUAUCCACCCCUUCCCAUCGUCCAUUUGUGCCACCAUCUCUCCGCCGCAAAGUUUUCUCCUCCUUGCACAAUCUGUCUCACCCUGGGAGUCGAGCAACCGACAAGCUGGUUUCCGAUCGCUUCGUUUGGCCUGGUAUGCACAAGGACCUCAAGGCAUGGACACGGGCUUGUAUCGCCUGUCAACGGAGCAAGGUCCAGCGGCACAACAAGGCCCCCAUUGGCACCUUCCCCGGCCCUGGUUCAAGGUUCAGCCACGUUCACCUGGACAUUGUAGGCCCCCUGCCUCUGUCCAAUGGUUGUUCCUAUCUCCUCACCUGUGUGGAUCGGUUCACUCGGUGGCCUGAAGCAAUUCCCCUGCCUGACAUUGCUGCUCCAACGGUGGUCAAGGCUUUUCUCAGUCGUUGGGUUGCUAUCUUUGGUGCACCCUCCACAAUCACGACUGAGCGUGGUGCCCAGUUUGAGUCUAACCUAUUCCAGUCUUUACUCUCCUUUUUAGGCUGA